AUGCAAAACUGGUUCGAUCCGUCGAAGGAGUCACAGGCUGCAAAAUGGACAAAACAAGAGAAGGCGAUGGCAUGCCUUAGGGCGUCACUGUCCCCUGCGAGCAGAGCGGUCUACAAAUACAGUUUAGGGCUUUCAGCAGAAGAUAUGGCGAAACUUCACUUGAUUAUUAAUGCCCGAGGAGAAUAUUACGGAUCAAGCAUCGGGUUGUCCGGUGAAAGACAGAAGUUUCUUCGCCUUCUGCAAAAUGAAGACGAAUCGAUCGGUUCUUGGGAAACCCGUAUGCGAAGUCAAGCUUCACAGUGCGAAUAUGACAUUUCGCUGACGAGUUUAUGCCAGACUCAGUUUAUCGCCGGCUUAACGUCUGAAACCCUGCGUGUAAAACUAAUCGGUAAAGGCCACAGACACCGAGAUGCUGCACAAACCAAGGUCAAGUUGCGGGAAGUUGUUAAAAUCGGAAAAAGCUUUGAGGCGACUACUUUUGCGAACCAGUUAAUGAGAACCGCCCGAAGCACCCAGCCGGAGCAAGUAAAUGUCACGAACAAAUCCACACGUGAGAAUCAGACUUCUGCUCCACCAACGCCACUGUGUUUUUGGUGUCACGGCAGCCAUCCCAGUCCUCGUCAACAUCAUUGCCCUGCGUUUAGCAAGAGAUGCAAUAAGUGGGGAAUCCUUGAUCAUUUCGCUCGUGCAUGUAAAGGGGGAACAAGAAAGCAAGUAGGCAACGGGCAACAGUCAAAUUUCGUUGAUGAUGAUGCAGAUGAGGAGGCGUUUAUAGCAGAAUGCAAAGCAACACGUAGACCUGCAAAGAAGUUCUUCGCUCAUUUACACCUUGUUCACGACGGGAAGUCGAAAAUUGUGAGAGCACAAAUCGACUCAGCUUCCACUUGCAACACCAUACCCAGCAAUUUAUUAAGCCAGUUAUUCCUUAAUUUAAAGGUGUCAGAGACCAAAAGCAGAAUCUGCACAUAUGGAAGCCAAACAAUGCGACCAAAAAGGUCAAGUGACCCUAGUUUGCUACAGAAAAGGCAGACUAGGCAGACUACAGACAAUAGAUUUUCUUGUUGUGGACGUCCCGGGCGACAAACCACCACUUCUUAGCGGAAAGAAUGCGCAGGCUCUGGAUUAUUUGAAGAUUUAUGCAGACCAAACAAACGCAAUUGAGGACGAGAUUCUGCAAACUCCGUAA